CCCUCGGGCUCCGGCCGGCGGCGGCGGCGGCGGCUCCGCUCCGCACUGCCCGGCGCCGCCUCGCCAUGGACGCGCGCGGGGGCGGCGGGCGGCCCGGGGAAAGCCCGGGCGCGACCCCCGCGCCGGGGCCGCCGCCGCCGCCGCCGCCGCCCGCGCCCCCCCAGCCGCAGCCGCCGCCGCCGCCGCCGCCCGCGCCCCCCCCGGGCCCCGGGCCCGCUCCCCCCCAGCAGCCGCCCCGGCCCGAGGCGGCGGCCCCGGAGGCGGCAGCGGCGGCGGACGAGGGCGGCCCGCGGGCCCGGCUCCGCAGCCGCGACAGCUCGUGCGGCCGCCCCGGAACCCCGGGCGCGGCGAGCGCGGCCAAGGGCAGCCCGAACGGCGAGUGCGGGCGCGGCGAGCCGCAGUGCAGCCCCGCGGGGCCCGAGGGCCCGGCGCGGGGGCCCAAGGUGUCGUUCUCGUGCCGCGGAGCGGCCUCUGGGCCCGCGCCGGGGCCGGGGCCGGCGGAGGAGGCGGGCGGCGAGGAGGCGGGCCCGGCGGGGGAGCCGCGCGGCAGCCAGGCCAGCUUCAUGCAGCGCCAGUUCGGCGCGCUCCUGCAGCCCGGCGUCAACAAGUUCUCGCUGCGGAUGUUCGGCAGCCAGAAGGCCGUGGAGCGCGAGCAGGAGCGCGUCAAGUCGGCGGGGGCCUGGAUCAUCCACCCGUACAGCGACUUCAGGUUCUACUGGGACUUCACCAUGCUGCUGUUCAUGGUGGGGAACCUCAUCAUCAUCCCGGUGGGCAUCACCUUCUUCAAGGACGAGACCACCGCCCCGUGGAUCGUGUUCAACGUGGUCUCGGACACCUUCUUCCUCAUGGACCUGGUGCUGAACUUCCGCACGGGCAUCGUGAUCGAGGACAACACGGAGAUCAUCCUGGACCCCGAGAAGAUCAAGAAGAAAUACCUGCGCACGUGGUUCGUGGUGGACUUCGUGUCCUCCAUCCCCGUGGACUACAUCUUCCUCAUCGUGGAGAAGGGCAUCGACUCCGAGGUCUACAAGACGGCACGCGCCCUGCGCAUCGUGCGCUUCACCAAGAUCCUCAGCCUCCUGCGGCUGCUGCGCCUGUCGCGCCUGAUCCGCUACAUCCACCAGUGGGAGGAGAUCUUCCACAUGACCUAUGACCUGGCCAGCGCGGUCAUGCGCAUCUGCAACCUCAUCAGCAUGAUGCUGCUGCUGUGCCACUGGGACGGCUGCCUGCAGUUCCUGGUGCCCAUGCUGCAGGACUUCCCGCGGAACUGCUGGGUGUCCAUCAACGGCAUGGUGAACCACUCGUGGAGCGAGCUGUACUCCUUUGCGCUCUUCAAGGCCAUGAGCCACAUGCUGUGCAUCGGGUACGGCCGGCAGGCGCCUGAGAGCAUGACAGACAUCUGGCUGACCAUGCUCAGCAUGAUCGUGGGCGCCACCUGCUACGCCAUGUUCAUCGGCCACGCCACUGCCCUCAUCCAGUCGCUGGACUCUUCACGGCGCCAGUACCAGGAAAAGUACAAGCAGGUGGAGCAGUACAUGUCCUUCCACAAGCUGCCGGCCGACUUCCGCCAGAAGAUCCACGAUUACUAUGAGCACCGCUACCAGGGCAAGAUGUUUGACGAGGACAGCAUUCUGGGCGAGCUCAACGGGCCCCUGCGGGAGGAGAUUGUCAACUUCAACUGCCGGAAGCUGGUGGCCUCCAUGCCGCUGUUCGCCAACGCGGACCCCAACUUCGUCACGGCCAUGCUGACCAAACUCAAGUUCGAGGUCUUCCAGCCGGGAGACUACAUCAUCCGCGAGGGCACCAUCGGGAAGAAGAUGUACUUCAUCCAGCACGGCGUGGUCAGCGUGCUCACCAAGGGCAACAAGGAGAUGAAGCUCUCCGACGGCUCCUACUUCGGGGAGAUCUGCCUGCUGACGCGGGGCCGGCGCACGGCGAGCGUGCGGGCCGACACCUACUGCCGCCUGUAUUCGCUGAGCGUGGACAACUUCAACGAGGUGCUGGAGGAGUACCCCAUGAUGCGGCGCGCCUUCGAGACGGUGGCCAUCGACCGCCUGGACCGCAUCGGCAAGAAGAACUCGAUCCUCCUGCACAAGGUGCAGCAUGACCUCAACUCGGGCGUGUUCAACAACCAGGAGAAUGCCAUCAUCCAGGAGAUCGUCAAGUACGACCGCGAGAUGGUGCAGCAGGCCGAGCUGGGCCAGCGUGUGGGCCUCUUCCCGCCGCCGCCUCCGCCGCAGGUCACCUCCGCCAUCGCCACGCUGCAGCAGGCCGUGGCCAUGAGCUUCUGCCCGCAGGUGGCUCGGCCACUCGUGGGGCCGCUAGCGCUCGGCUCUCCGCGCCUGGUGCGCCGUCCACCCCCAGGGCCUGCACCGGCCGCCGCCUCACCGGGGCCCCCGCCCCCCGCCGGCUCCCCAGGCGCGCCCGCCAGCCCCCGGGCACCGCGGACCUCGCCCUACGGCGGCUCACCUGCCGCCCCUCUCGCCGGGCCUGCCCUGCCUGCGCGCCGUCUGAGCCGCGCGUCGCGCCCACUGUCCGCCUCGCAGCCCUCGCUGCCCCACGGAGCGCCUGGCCCUGCAGCCUCUGCGCGCCCGGCCAGCAGCUCCACGCCACGCCUGGGGCCCACGCCCGCCGCCAGGGCCGCCGCCCCCAGCCCGGACCGCAGGGACUCGGCCUCGCCCGGCCCCGCCGGUGGCCUGGACCCCCAGGACUCCGCGCGCUCGCGCCUCUCGUCCAACUUGUGACCCUUGCCCACCGCCCCGCGCGCCCAGGCGGGCCGGGGGCGGGGCCGUCAUCCAGACCAAAGCCAUGCCAUUGCGCUGUCCCGGCCGCCAGCCUGCCCAGAAGCCAUAGACAGACGUAGGUAGCCGUAGUCGGAUGGACGGGCUGGUGGGGCAGCCCCCCCUGCACCCCCGACCGUCCCCCCUCAUUGCCCUGCGCCCACCCCCAUCGCCCUGCCCCCGGCGGCGGCCUCGCGUGCGAGGGGGCUCCCUUCACCUCGGUGCCUCAGUUUCCCCAGCUGUAAAGUGGACGGGGCAGCCCAGUGGCCGAGAGGAGCCGGCUGUGGAGGCCCCCCCCACCCCACUUGUCCCCCAAGGUGGCCGCUGUCCGAUGAGGAUUGUUUUCUAAGUGCAAUACUGGCCCGCUGGCUUCCCGCUGCCCCCAUCGCGCUCACGCAAUAACUGGCCCAGCCCCGUCACCUGGCGUCCCUCCAGCACCGGCACCGAGGGGCGGGCCGUGCUGGCUGCGCAGGGCGCGGGGGCGAGGCUGGGGUCCCGCCGCCGUGAUGAAUGUACUGACGAGCCGAGGCAGCAGUGCCCUCCCACGCCCCAUUAACCCCACACCCCCCAUUCCGCGCAAUAAACGACAGCAUUGGCGCCCA